CUGGAGUCUAGAAUAAAACAGAAAAAGAACUCGUGAGCAGCAAGUUUUUUCGCUCCCGAGGAAGGCUUUUCCCGCUUUCAAGCUCGGCGAACAAUGGCUCCGAAAUCCGACAGUGCUGAAGCUAUCGUGCUCAACUUCUUGAAUGAGCAAAAUAGGCCUUUGAACUCACAAAAUGUAGCAGAUUCACUGCAGAAGUUCAACCUUAAAAAGGCUGCCAUUCAGAAGGCAUUGGAUGGCCUUGCAGAUGCUGGGAAAAUAUCAUUCAAGGAGUAUGGCAAGCAGAAAAUAUAUCUGGCUAGGCAAGACCAGUUCGAAAUUCCAAAUAAUGACGAGCUCAAUCAGAUGAAAGGAGAGAAUUCCAAACUUCAAGAACAGCUUGAUGAGCAAAAAAAAGCUAUUGCUAAGGUGGAAGCAGAGAUCAAGGCACUGCAGUCAAACUUGACAUUGGAGGAGAUACUGAGCAGACAAACCCAAUUGGGGAACGAGGUUAAACAAAUGGAGGAGAAGUUGAUCAAGUUGAGGCAAGGAGUGACUCUGGUGAGCCCGAAAGAGAGGCAGGCAGUGGAAAUGCUGUAUACAAGUAUGAUGAAUCAGUGGAGAAAACGUAAGAGGAUGUACAAAGAUAUCUGGGAUGCAAUCACUGAGAACUCCCCCAAGAAUCUUAAAGAAUUUAAGGAGGAACUUGGUGUGGAGUAUGAUGAAGAUGUUGGUGUCAGCUUGCAAUCCUUUGGUGAUUUGGUGCAAAAUGGAAACAAGCGACCCAGAUGCAAUUGACAUUUUUAUCCAAGAUGUCUCAGUUUAGUCUGGGCUCACAAGCUUUGUAUCUCUUCAUUUUAAGUUCAUCAAAUUUUUAGCUGGAUUCUGGAAGUAUACAUGGUUCAUGAUCUUGUGGUCGUGGCUUGAAGUACACUUUAUUGUAAAUCCCAUAUUGUGCGAGACUUAAACUUUCAGGAAGCUUUUGAACCUUCGGUUCCUACAAAGUAAAUGCGUUAAUCAUAUUGUUUUAUAUUGAUUUGAGUUGAUGAUGUUCUUUUUAUUUCUUGGAAUGGCGUUUUUUUAGUGACUGAUAGCAUUUCUUUGAGACUGAUAGCAGAUGUUGCAUAGUGUGUUGUUUGCUUUUGGUUGUGUUUUGU